AUGUUGAGACUGUCGCGACAGAUUGCACGUUACUCCACACAAAGUGGUCUGAAUGCAGUCAAGUUCAAUGAAGCGCCGUUCCUCGCAAACACUGUCGCCAAGGCGCUGGAUAAUCCGGAACUACCCCCGAGCGUGCGUGAAUCGUCGGUGCGUCAAAUGAACCUGUAUGAAGCGAUCAAUGACGGUUUGAGAAUUGCAAUGGAAACAGAUGAGUCUGCUGUAUUAUUUGGAGAAGAUGUGGUGUUUGGUGGUGUAUUCCGAUGCUCAAAAGGUCUUCAGGAAAAGUUCGGAUCGGAUCGUGUUUUCAACUCUCCUUUGAACGAGCAAGCUAUUGUUGGCUUCGCCAUUGGCUAUGCUGCCAUGAAUAAAACGGCGAUUGCAGAGAUCCAGUUUGCCGAUUAUGUUUUCCCGGCUUUUGAUCAGCUGGUGAAUGAGGCGGCGAAGAUGCGCUACCGAUCGGGCUCACAGUUCACCUCAGGUGGUCUCACAGUACGUAUGCCCUGUGGUGCCGUCGGUCAUGGUGGCCUGUAUCAUUCGCAAUCCGGUGAGGCCUUUUUCUCGCAUGCCCCCGGCUUGAGAGUUGUUGUGCCGCGCUCUCCUAUCCAGGCCAAGGGUCUUUUACUGUCCAGCAUCCGAUGCCAGGACCCCACGCUCUUCUUGGAGCCUAAAAUUCUUUAUCGUGCAUCAAUUGAGCAGGUCCCGUUAGGUGACUUCAAUUUGCCUCUCGAUAAGGCCGAAAUCAUCCGCCCCGGUACUGAUGUGACCAUUGUUAGCUACGGCACGCCGCUAUAUCAGAUCAUGAAGGCCGCACAGCUGGCCAAGGAACAGAUGGGCAUUUCAUGUGAGGUUAUUGAUUUGCGCACUGUUGUACCCUGGGACCGGGAGACUGUUAUCAACAGCAUCAAAAAGACGGGCAGGUGUAUUGCUGUUCAUGAGGCUCCUCGCACAGGUGGAAUUGGCAGUGAAAUUGCGGCUGAAGUUCAAAGAUUAGCAUUCCUUCAUCUGGAAGCACCUGUCCUGCGUAUCGCUCACUGGGAUACACCCAACUCUCUAUCAUUUGAGGGCUUCCAGAUCCCAGACGUUGCACGCAUUCUGGACGGUAUCAAAGCCACCGUUAAGUUUUAA